AUGAAGUCUCUCCGCUUCCUGGCGUCGGAGGCGUUGGUGUUGAGCGUGGCGGAGGCGGAGGUGGAGGAGAGUCUGAGGACUUUGUCCCUGACCUUGUACCCGCAGGUGUUCAAGGCGUGUUACCUGCACGAGCAGGCGCACCUGCUGAGGGCCCUGGUGCGCACCUGGCCGCUGGCGGAGCUGCACCUGCAAAGGCUGCUGGGAAGGACGGCCGACUGUCACACGGACCUGACCUCACGCACCUGUCACACCUGCCUGGAGGCCAUCUUCACUGGACUACAGGACUACGCGUUGUCCCCGCCCACCACAUACGCCAAAGUCUUGCGCGUGGUGGACCUGACGGCCCUGAAAGACGUGGAGCACCAGGCGUGCCCGUGCGGGACCACCAUGGGCCGCUGGGCUCGCACCCAGCUGCUGGCCAGGGUGUGCCAGGAGACGGCGUUGGCCAUGCAGGCCAGCGAGGUGUCGGCGUGCGUGUGGGACAUGUCCAUCGAGGUGAGGCUGAAUGGCCUGGUGACGGGCCGCAGCUACGAGCAGGUGUCGCAGGCCUUGCUCCUGCACCGCCUCUGCCCCCUCAACAUGCACUUCCUGGGCUUCCGGGCCGACUCCCUGGCGCCCAGGCAGUUCUUCUACGUCCUGCGACUGGCCCGGCCCGAGCUCAUCACCUCCCUGGAGGUGGUGCACAACGUCCCGCUGGAGGCGGCCCACCUGGAGGUGCUGCUCUCCCGGGUGGAGUUCCCCAGGCUGUGCUCUCUGGCGCUGCCCGCGGGGGCGCUGGACGUGAGGAGGCUGGGCCCGGAUGAGGACGACCUCCUGGCCACGCUCGGCCGCCUGCUGGCACGACUCACCCGCCUCACCCGCCUCUCGCUGGGCUUCUCCGUGCUCACUGGCCACAUACGCAGACUGCUCAGUCCUCUCUCCACAGCACUAGAAAGUCUGGAGUUGGCCAACUGCUGCCUGAGCCGGGUGGACAUGACCUACCUGUCCAACAGCCUGCACAGUGAGAACCUGGUCCACCUGGACCUGAGUGGUCACCAGGUCACGGCCGCCUUAGCCGCUCCCUUCCACAAGCUGCUGGGCCGCUGCUCGUCCACGCUGGCCACGCUGGUGCUGGAGGAGUGUGGCGUGGAGGACGCACACGUGGACGCCCUGGUGGGCGCGCUGAGCCGCUGCCAGGCGCUGGAGGAGCUCAAGUUGCUGGGCAACCCUCUGACCUCUUGGGGGCUGCGGGGGAUCUUCUCCGCCUUGUCCGCCGACUUCCCCAAGCUGAGGUACGUGGAGAUCCCGGUGCCCCGCGACUGCUACCCGGAGGACGCCGCCUACCCGCUGGACGACGCCGUCCUUCUGCGGUACGACCGGGCGCUCUUCCGGGAGGUCCGGGAGCAGCUGCUGGGGGUCCUGGCGGGCGCCGGCAGAGGCGGCGUGGAGGUGUGCACCCCGCUGAUGGGCGUCUAUGACGCAGACCUCAAGGAGACCAGCAACGAGCUGGGAGUGUCCAUGCUCAAGUCCUUCCACGCCGUGGUGGAGAACUUCCUGGGCACGGUCACGGAGGUCGACGACCGGAGGAGCCAGAAGAACUGAACGCCUCACGACUUCUACUACGCCA